AUGAAGGGCAUGAGUAUUUUGGAGAAACGAGAUGUCGAUGCUGCAAAGACUGUAGUUUUUCUGUUGGAUAGUAAUCUUGCUGAUAAACAGGCAGUUGUGAAACGAGCGCAGACAGCUGAACAGCUGCUCGGAAUGGGAUUCAGUGCUGAGCAGGUGUUUCCUGCGCUUCUGGCCUGUCAAGGAGAUCGUGUGAAAGCCUUGGACACCCUACUAGGGUCACAUUAG